AUGGAGCCCCGAGCGGUUGCGGAUGCCCUGGAGACGGGGGCGGAGGACGUGAUCAUGGAGGCUCUGCGCGUGUACAACCGCGAGAACUCCCAGAGCUUCACGUUCGAUGCUGCCCAGCAGGCGGACCGGCAGAGACUGGCGGAGCUGCUGGUUUCGGUCAUGGAGCAGGGCUUGUCUCCCUCCCGCCGGGCCACCUGGCUGCAGAGCAUCCGCAUCCUGUCCAGGGACCGCAGCUGCCUGGACGCCUUCACCGGCCGCCAGAGCCUGCAGGCCCUUGCGGGCUAUGCCGGCAUCUCCGAGGCGGCAUCCCCCGGGCCCCUGGACAUGGACGUUGUCCUCGAGUCCCUCAAGUGCCUGUGCAACCUGGUGCUCAGCAGCCCCCAGGCACAGGCGCUGGCGGCAGAGGCGCGCCUGGUGGUGAGGCUCGCCCAGCGCGUGGGGCUGCACGGGGAGAGCGGCUUCCCCCACGAGGUCCAGCUCUUUGACCUGCGCCUCCUGUUCUUGCUCACGGCCCUGCGGCCGGAGGUGCGCCGGCAGCUGUUCCAGGAGCUGCAGGGCGUGCCCCUGCUCACGGAGGCCCUGCAGCGGACCCUGGGGGUGACCCCGGGACAGAGCCCCCCAGAGCGCCUUCCUCCCCAGCAGACCGAGCGGGCCAUGGAAGCCCUCAAGGUGCUCUUCAACAUCACUUUCGACUCCGUCCGGAGGGAAGUGGACGAGGACGACGCUGCUCUGUACCGGCGCCUGGGGACUCUGCUGCGGCACUGUGUGAUGGCGGCUGCGGGGGACCGCACCGAGGAGCUCCACGGCCACGCAGUGAACCUGCUGGGGAACCUGCCCGUCAAGUGUCUGGAUGUCCUGCUGGCCCUGGAGCCGCGCAAAGGCUCCCUGGAGUUCCUGGGCGUGAACAUGGAUGUGAUGGGCGCCCUCCUCGGCUUCCUGGAGAAGCGCCUGCACCAGACACACCGGCUGAAGGAGGGCGUGGCCCCUGUGCUGAGCGUGCUGACCGAGUGUGCCCGCCUGCACCGCCCCGCCCGCAAGUUCCUGAAGGCCCAGGUGCUGCCGCCGCUGAGGGACGUGAAGACGCGGCCCGAGGUGGGGGAGCUGCUGCGGAACAAGCUGGUCCGCCUCAUGACGCACCUGGACACGGACGUGAAGAGGGUGGCUGCCGAGUUCCUGUUUGUCCUGUGCUCGGAGAGCGUGCCCCGCUUCAUCAAGUACACAGGCUACGGGAAUGCCGCCGGCCUCCUGGCCGCCCGGGGCCUCAUGGCGGGGGGCCGGCCUGAGGGCCAGUACUCGGAGGACGAGGACACGGACACAGAGGAGUACAAGGAGGCCAAGGCCAGCAUCAACCCGGUGACCGGGAGGGUGGAGGAGAAGCCGCCCAACCCCAUGGAGGGCAUGACGGAGGAGCAGAAGGAGCACGAGGCCAUGAAGCUGGUGACCAUGUUCGACCGGCUCUCCAGGCACCGUGUCAUCCAGCCCAUGGGGGUGAGUCCCCGGGGCCAGCUCACCACCCUGCAGGACGCCGUGUGCGAGAGCAUGGAGGGCCAGCUCUCCUCGGACGCAGACUCGGAUCCCGACUGA